AAAAGACUUCACAGUUAAUUUGAUAUUUGCCGAACGUAACAAUCAUUGGCGGUGUGAUUUACCACUCCCAGCUAUUUAAGUGGCAUCGAAUGACCAACGCGAAAGGAGUGCUUUAAUAAACUCUAGCGUCAAAGGAAAUGCAGAAUUGCACGGAGUAAAAAGUGGACUAUAAACAAGCGACAGAAUAAGCAAUCAAGAAACCAACUGCAAAGGAGAGUAGAAGUGAGGAACUGAGAGAGAGUGAGUGGAACGCAAACACUUUGUCAACUUCAAUUGCAGUUGCUGCCACUUGGCGGUUCUUCGACUGCUGCUUGUAAGUGUGCGGAUAUAUCUAUUUUCGUUAAAAUUGUAAGCUUCUCGUUAGCCGUUCUCUUUCUGAAAACGCACUGUUGUCAAGUAUGCCCACUCCCAUUGAGGACAAUCCUCUUCUCUCCAUAAAUGUGAAGUUGUGGAAAUUCCUGUCCGUCCUCUUAGUACGCGAUUGGCGUCGUUGUGUCGCUUUUGUGGCACCAGUGUGCCUGAUGAACGCAAUGCAAUUCGUCUACUUGUAUCAACAAUGGGGCGAUUUGGCCACUUUCAUUCUGAAUACCUUCUUUGCGGUGUCCAUAUUCAAUGCCUUGCUGCGAACGUGCCUUGUCAUCAGGAAUCGAGAUAAAUUUGAGGCACUUAUGCAGGAAUUGGUAACACUAUACGACAAUAUACAAGCCACUGGGGAUGAGCAUGCAAAGAGCGUGCUAGCAGAAGCCACCAGGUCAGCAAGAAAUAUAUCAAUCUUCAAUUUGGCUGCUUCGUUUUCCGACUUAAUAGUGGCUAUGGGAUAUCCACUUUUUCGUGACCAAAGAAUUCAUCCUUUUGGAGUUGCAUUGCCCGGCAUAGACGUCACAUGCUCUCCACUUUAUGAAAUCCUCUAUGUUGCCCAGCUUCCCUCCCCUUUCACUUUGAGCUCAAUGUAUAUGCCUUAUGUAAGUCUUUUCGCAUCUUUUGCAAUGUUUGGCAAAGCAGCGCUGCAGAUUUUGCAAAAUAAUCUCAGAAAUUUAUGCGAAAAUAUGCAACACAAAAGUGAGCCGGAAUUGUUCGAUACGCUGCGUGCGAAUAUAGCCUACCACGCCAGAAUUGCUAAAUAUGUCAAUGAUUUUAAUGAAUUAGUUACUUAUAUGGUACUCGUGGAAUUUCUACUCUUCAGCUGCGUUAUUUGCUCACUACUUUUCUGCAUAAAUAUUACUAAUUCAGCGGCAGAAAAAAUGUCUAUUGUUAUGUAUAUUGGCACAAUGUUGUAUGUGCUCUUUACCUAUUACUGGCAAGCUAAUGGUAUUUUGGAAAUGAGCCUCCUUGUCUCAGACGCAGCUUACGAAAUGCAAUGGUACAAUUGUAGCCAGCGAUUCAAGCGAACUUUACUCAUAUUCAUAGCACGCACUCAAAGACCACUACAGAUCCGCGUUGGCCAAAUGUCCCCAAUGACAAUGGAGGUGUUUCAAUCGUUGCUAAACACAUCAUAUUCUUAUUUUACACUUUUGUAUAAUCUGUACAACGAUUAAUGCAAUAUUUUGGAACAUUAUAAAUUAAAUUAACUGUAGUGAAAAAUUAGCUGCUUAAAAUUGCUGAAAUAGAAACUUAUCUUAAAAAGAAUAUGCAGUAAUAAAAGCUGAAUUCGUAAUGUAUUAUUAUUGGUCGCAUCAUCUACCAUUGCACUCGCCGUUAGUAUUCCCAUUACCACUUCCAAUAGGGGUUGUGCGUGUGCUCAUAGGCUAAAUACAGUGUUUUGCU